AUGCUUGCCUUCAAACAUUUUGAAAUAUCGGAAAAGCGUUUAGGAAGAAAAAUUCAAAAAGUCAAUGCAAGCAACUUCUCUGCAAGAUCAGAUGAUAAACAAAUGAUCUAUGAUUUCUCUGUUGAUUCAGAAGUAGUCGGGUAUAAUGGAUACUUUACUCCUGAAGAUGCUAAAAAAAUAGCAAAAUUGGAUGAAGUUUCUGUCGUCGAACAAGAACAGGAAAUCAAAGCAAAUUAUGCUCUUCCAUCUGGAAAUAAUGGCAGUCUGUUCAAAAGAGCCGUUGUUAAUAAUCCAUUAUUCAAUUUGGAUCGUAUUGAUCAAGCUAAUUUUCCGCUUGACAAAAAAUACAUCUUUCCUGACACAGCUGGUCGAGGCGUAAAUGUCUACGUUAUUGAUACUGGAAUCAAUGUUGAACAUUGCGACUUUGGUGGACGUACAAAACAUAAAAAACCAAAUGAAUUAGAAGAUUAUUCAAAAAAUGUUCCAUAG